CUAUCAUGUUUUGCUAUAACAAAAUAUGUAUAUAAACUUAAAUUUAUGUUAAGCACUUCCAGAAUGGCAGAAUAAGGACUCAAGAAAUUUCCUUCUCCAUAAAAGGGAUGAGAACACUGGCAAAAAUGAUGAAAAUCAACUUUUUCAGAACUCUAGAAAUUAACCAAAGGCUUGCAAUAAUCCUAGGAGAGUUUAUUCAGGGGAAAUGACUGAAUCGUAGUAAGAAUGGUGAAUUUUGUCGUUUGCACUUGUCUUCAGUUUCCCACUUCCUCUCCCUAGCUCUGUGGUAGCUUUAAAACAAACAGCCUAGUCAACACUGGAGGGGGAGAACAGAUCUGGAGCUCCCCCAAAAGCCCUGGCCCCAGAGAAGUGUCACUGUCUGACUUGUGUGGAAGCCCCUGGUAGAGCCUUAUUCACAGGGCUUGUUCUUACUUGGCCUGGUUCACAGAUGGCCUAGUGGUGAAAGCCGUGUUCUAGGGCAUCUCUUGAAAACAGUCAGCAGCAGUUGUUUAAGAUUUCAGUUCCCCUGUAGCAGUGAUACCAGUUGGGGCAAAUAAGAAGUGGGCCAAAAAACUUAAAAAGAAUAUCUUGGGAAUGAGGUUGCCACAGAGGGCUUUGAAAAGCUCUGAUAUAUUCCUGGUGCUCUAGGAGACCAUGUGUGCUCAGGGAAGACCUGAGGAGGCCGUCAUUCUCACCUCUGACUGACCUUGAGGCUCUGCACAAGCAGAAAGUAAAGGCUGAAACAGGGUUGUAAACUGGUAAAACAUUGAAGGCAUGCCCAAACACACACAGAGGCCCUUGGCAAAGGCUGGGAGACCUGUGAGUUCAAAGCAUUUAAGGACGUCUCUGUCUAGUCAUUAAUUGACCACUAAGCUAAUUCGGCAAAGACUUCAUUGCCUGCACAUGACAAAAAAAUACAGACUUUGCAGUAUUAGUGCAGGAAAGACACUAAACAAACAAACAAAUAGCAGCAGCAACACUGUAUCCUGCAAGGAGAGGGAAUCUGAUUUUCAGAGUUGCCACCUUAUGUUAUUUAAAAGAUCCAGUUUUCAACAAAAAAGUAUAAGAUACUCAAAGAAGUAGGAAAGUAUGGCUUAUGAUGUUAUUUAUUGUUUGCAUCCCCUGUGUUGCACUCUGCACCAGGCACCUAACAGGUGUUCAGAAACAUUAUUUGAAGUGACUUGCAUUGAAUAGCAGCUGGUCAUAAUUAGCUGAUUUUCAGAGACUCCAUGUAUUUUCUUCUGUAGGAAGUGUUUAAUCCUGAGGCAAACCUGGUGUUUUUAUUAUGCCUCCUAGAACACUGUCCUUAGUAAACCAUAGCUACUAAAAAGAAAGCUGUAGGUUUGCUCAAAUGAGUGUUUAUUAGUGUCCUGGAAAAUUUGAAGGCUUGUUCUUUAGGCAGUUACAUACAAUAAACUUACUAAGAAAACUGACCUAUUCAGAGACCAGAUCACUUUGAAGUGUUUCCUGUAGGAAGUUUAUCUUUAUAGCUUGAGAUUUUAAAGCAUUUUCAGAAUACAACUAUUACACAUUUUUGCAGAUGUCCAGAUCUCUAGUGACCUACAGUCAAGUACUCACAAUCUCCUGUAUUUGACUUCUUUGUUGUAACAACUCAGAGGAGUUUGGUGUGUCAGACUUAAUUAGUUGGUGUAAAGUCUGCUCAUCAGCGCAUGUUGAUUAAAAAAGUCUGGCCUCAAGUCCAUCCUGUUUGCAGAUGACAGACUUUCACCAUUUUCAUCAUCCAUCAUCAUGAUGGAAGAAGUUCAGGGUUGUCAUGUUCUGUUUUGAUGUUCCCUGAUUUAUUCCAGGAGCCGAAAAGAGGAAACUGGAAAUGCUGACGUCAUCACACCUGUGCACAGAGUGUUAUCAAUAUUUCCUAUUUCUACAUACUCAUUUGUGUAUAUUUUUCUGUAUUCCCCAUCAUUCUCUUUUACUGCAGUGUCUGAAGAAAGAUGAAGUAACCCUGCCACGCUGGUGGCUUCACAGUCAUGUUGCUGCAGGAGAAGAGGUUCGCUGGGUCCACGCUGAUGCCAUGCAGGGAGGCAGGGGCUGAUGAGGAUCGUAGGGAGCGUGGUCAGAAUCCCCAUGAAGCGCCUUGUGCCACGCCCCUGAUCUGCAGCUUUGGGAGGCCGGUCGACUUGGAGAAGGAUGACUCCCAGAAGGUGGUGUGCAAUAAUGAGCAGUGCCCAUACAGUACCUGGAUGCACUUGCAGUGUUUCUACGAGUGGGAGAGCAGCAUCUUGGUCCAGUUCAACUGCAUCGGCCGGGCUCGCAGCUGGAAUGAGAAGCAGUGCCGCCAGAACAUGUGGACAAAGAAGGGCUAUGACCUGGCCUUCCGCUUCUGUUCCUGCCGCUGUGGACAGGGCCACUUGAAGAAGGACACAGACUGGUACCAGGUGAAGCGGAUGCAAGAUGAGAAAAAGAAGAAGUCUGGGGCAGAGAAGAACACGGGGAGGCCUCCCGGCGAGGCAGUGGAGGAGGCAAAAAAGUGCAGGCCACUGAACAAGCCCCAGAAAGGCCUGAACCACGACCUCCCCCGCCGGCAUUCCGUGGACCGGCAGAACUCCCAAGAGAAGGUGGUGGGUACCACCGCGGCCUAUGGGGCCCGCUCCCCUUGUGCCUCCCCAGGCCAGUCGCCACCCACUGGCUACUCCAUCCUCUCCCCUGCCCACUUCAGCGGCCCCCGUGCUUCCAGGUACCUUGGGGAAUUCUUAAAGAAUGCUAUCCACCUGGAGCCACACAAGAAGGCGGUGGCAGGGGGCCACGUGUUCAGGAAUGCCCACUUUGAUUACAAUCCGCCUGGGUUGUCGGUUCACAGGGGGGCCCACUUUGACGCACCUGUGCAGUUUCUACGGCGCCUGGACCUCUCUGAGCUGCUCGCUCACAUCCCUAGGCACAAGCUGAACACGUUCCACGUGCGCAUGGAGGACGACGCCCAGAUGGGCCAGGGCGAGGACCUGCGGAAGUUCAUCCUGGCGGCCCUCAGUGCCAGCCACAGGAACGUCGUGAACUGUGCACUGUGCCACCGGGCCCUCCCUGUAUUCGAACAGUUCCCACUGGUGGAUGGAACUCUGUUCUUAAGCCCAUCGAGACACGAUGAGAUUGAAUACGAUGUUCCUUGUCACCUUCAAGAAUUGAUAGAUGAGCCAUUUCUGUAUUGCCUUUGGAGACGAAAGGUGAUUUCCUUGAUGAGCACUCUCAGCGUGUGUCUUCUGUGCACAGGGAGACUCAUGCACCUGUACGCGGUGUGCGUGGACUGCCUGGAAGGGGUUCACAAGAUCAUCUGCAUCAAGUGUAAGUCACGGUGGGACGGCAGCUGGCACCAGCUGGGCACCAUGUACACCUAUGACAUCCUGGCUGCCUCUCCAUGCUGUCAGGCCCGCCUGAACUGCAAGCACUGCGGGAAGCCCGUGAUCGACGUGCGGAUCGGGAUGCAGUACUUCUCCGAGUACAGCAACGUCCAGCAGUGUCCACACUGUGGGAACCUGGACUACCAUUUCGUGAAGCCAUUUUCUUCCUUCAAAGUUCUUGAAGCUUAUUGAUGAAAGCUUUGCUUUAGUAAUAGCUAUUUUAUUGAUAUUAUUACUUUAUUACAUAUCUUUUAUAGGGAAACAUUCUGUGACAUUAAUUUCUUUUCUAAUUUAACAGAGAGUUCCUUUGUGUGUGUGCCACUAAAAUGGGGCUGCCCCUUGCCCUCUCUUGACUCCUGAGUGUCAGUCCGUGGUCCUGACCAGAGCCCAAAUGGGUCCCCUGUGAGUCUGGGGUAGCAGUUCGGUAUCCCUGAGAGUCAGUCUCUCAGGCAGCUUUGAAGGUGAUGGGGGGAUGGGGUGAGUUGAGGAAGGGAUUACGUGGCUAUAAACUAAGAGCAUGGUAGGAGUGCGAGGAAGCUUUUACUGAAGUGCUAACCGUCUGAAGACCCACUUCUAGAUCUUCUCUGGGCCUUGGAAAACCAUGUGACACAUGAAUGUAAGCCUGUGCCUGGAGAGCUGACGGUGUUAGUCUGGCCUGUUGUGGCGUUCGGCCGCACGCACUGUCCUGCAGUUUACCCUCACAGACAGGUUAUUUGAGUGGACACGAGUGCUGUUUCUGUCACUGUUGUAGUUUGUCUGUUUUCAUACUGAAAAUAAUAUCCAAAUUAUAAGAUAUACGAAAGCUAUUGGUGUUGCAAAUAUCUGUAGCUAAGCCACCCUAGAACAGAGAGAAUAUACUAAAUGAAUGUGGAAAUGGUGACACUGACUCAAGAGGGCAAAAGCGCAGACCCCCGUCAUUUGAAUUGAGUCUGAAGUUGGUCUCCUUAGCUCUUAAGGAAGAUCGGGAAUGACUCGAUUUGGGCGGUACUGAUUUAUAUAGAUUGCACUGUUGAAGUGCCCUGUGAACUCCUCCCGGGCAGUACUCACAGCACAGACCCUAACUGGGGAGUUUCAGAACAGUCAUUGCCAUCGUUAUCUUCCCCAAAAUUGCUCACAGCCACAUUUUACCCAUUUAAUAUUGAGUUUCCAAAAUCUUAUGAUUUGACCCUGGGAAGGAAAGGAAAAUAUUGUUUGUGAGGAUAUGAAGAAAAGAAUAAUUUUAAUAUUUUCUUUUUAAGUGUAUUCAUUUUGGAAAAUCACUGAUUGCAAUGUAUAACAAUAUGUUUGAAAAUAGAUCAUUUUAAAGAUCCCCAUGGUACGUUACCAUUGGUGAAACAAGAUGAUAAUUUAUGUAACUGUAUUAGCCAGAGCAUUGGGCUUCCAAAAUACAGCCUUCUGUUCAUUAGAUCUUGAGGAUUUUAAUAGAUUGACACCCCAUACCUUAUAGAAUUGGAGUUGGAAUAUGAUUUCUCAAAAAUGAAUUUGAUAAUUUCAAGUAUAAUAUGCAUAUGUGCCAAAAGAAUGCUGCAAAUAUAAUUAUGGGUAGCCAAAUUUGGGGUUAUGUGAACAUUUUAUAUUGCUCAUUUUGUUUAUGUAAUUUUUUUUCUCGGAAAAACAGUUGUUUUUCCUCUCAGAAGUGUUUAGGCAUUAUUGCACGUGAGUUUCAGUUCUGCUACAUGAACUGUUAGCUGUUUUGUUUGAAGCAACACAGCACUAAAGAACCAGUAUUGUUGACUAAUAUGCUUCAUCUUUCAGUUUGGAUGGUUGUAAUUCAGUUUACCACAUCUAGUUUGGUGUUUGAUGAUCUGAAAAAUAUUUCACAGUGAGGGCAAUGCUCAGUGCCUGGAAGAAGCAGACAGUCAUUAUUGGUCUGACAAUAUUUGAUGCAACUGAAAGAGCUCCAUGGACAUGACCCUUGCACAUUUGUCUGUAAUACACAAUGCUGUAAUUGAAUUGUUUCCCUGUUGAUUCUCUCAUGUACCCAAGUAUAAAAAUUGGUAAGUUUCUCUUGUCUUCAGAGUACCAUUAGGAUUUUAUUUCUGAAUUUAAAAUGAAUAUUAAAAUAUUUGUAAUGCUGUUCUUUAACCUGCCUAAAUUUUUAUAGAGAAGCCUGCUAAUAUUGUUGUCCUCAUACUUAAAGUUUCCACAAAGAUCUCAUUCAGCAAGCUCCUCAGUCUAAAACCGCUGUGAGUGUUGUGUAUGAUGCGUUUAGUAUUUUCUACUUGUAUUGUUUGCUAUUCCCUGAAAAGUAAAUAUGAUGAGAUUUCACUGUAAUUGGGUGAAAUUUGCUUUUGGCCUUUAUUUUAAUGAUAAAAUUAGGAUUCUCUGGAUGCUGCAGUUAUGUAAAAGGAGAGACCUGGGUAUCAUAUCUGAGGAUAUCUUUUGCCUUUAAGGCAUUGCAUUCUCAUCUAAAAGGGAUAAUUUGGCUGAUCUUAGAAUAAAAUAUAGUUGAGUGUGCAACAAUGUGAAGAAUAAAUCUUAUUUUGGAAAUCUGAUGACCUUAAUAUUUUCCUCAUGGUUUUCUCAAAGUACUUAGCUCUGAGUACCUUAAUGGGAAUUGGAAUAUGUCAAAAAAGAAAAUUAUUUGUGAUGUGGUUUGGAUAUUAGUCACCCAAGAGAUCUAUUUUCUGAUGAGCAGUGUUCAAUAAUAUGAACCACUCAUAAGUGACUAGUAAUGUCAAUGUGAUUUUUCAUCUCUAACUUUUUUUAUCAUUUAUUUUAAGGAGUUACAUAACUUGAACAAACAAAACUAUAUGCUUUAGUUUAGUGAGAAGACUUUCUGACAGUCUUGUCAUUUUCUCUUUAGACCAGCUCAGCUCUCCACUCUUCUGGUUGCAUCUGAAGCAGUUGAUAGACUGGAUUUAGCCCUUAAGAGAGAGACAUUGGCCAUGACAGUGGGGAGUGGGGUGAAUUAUCCCAUUCUAAUUAAGAAAGAGCUUUCCCAAAAUAGUCUCUAAUUUCCAGUUUUUGUAAAAGAAGUUCGUUUUUGGAGUAAAAAGUAUUUUCAUAUCUGUUUGGGGGAAGUUAACGCAUCAGGAAAGAAUAUUAUUAGGUGUUUAAACCCUGAAACAAACAUAUACUGAUGCAUAACUUAGUAGAUCACCGAAACUGACUUGCUGAAAUCUUUGGUUUUGUCCUGUGAGACCAGUGCUUGACAUCGUCUGUUCUCCUGAGCCCAGUUGGUGGCUCCAGUUUGCUUUUCUCUUCGGUCUCGUGGUAGCAGCCUUGGUCGUUUUCGUUGGAGGUUGGAGAGGAGCUGAGGAGAAAGUGCUCUUCGGGGUUUUGAUUCCUCUGCUAGGACGCUGCCUAAACCAGCUCAUCUCAAUGUCCUGUUGACUUUAUUAUUAUUCCGGGUAGUUGAAAGAAAAGAAAAUGGAUGGACGUCAUUAAAACCAGCUCAAAAAUAUAUUCUUGUCAGUAAAGAUUUCUUGUCGAGAUGUCUUGGAUUGCACUUUCGUGGAGGGAAAACAGUGUAAAUAGUUAAAGAAUGUUGAUAAAAUUGAAACAUUUGGUUAUGGAAUUGUGUGUGGUGUUAGAAGGUUUCUGUUUGUGAAAUGUCUGUAUUAAAAUAAUAAAAUUUCAGAAACUAA